CAUUAAAGUGCAGUGUUCAGAGAGUUUUAAAAAAACAAGCGUUGAUGGUGUCUAGCGCGUCUUUACCUGACCAAGUAUAGUUUUUCCACUUGUGUGUGAUACGUUGCUUUUCAAUUGACAAUCUGUUGUCGUUCGGUGUCCUGGCAACCUGCCUUGCAACAUUUGUCCACAUGAAACGUCUUCGUGGAAAAAACUCCCUCUCCUUCUAACUUUAGCCCAGCAUAACCCAACAUUAAUGUCACAGUUUAUUGAAAGAAAAGGAACUGAAGUGCAGCCUGUUUAACGGGAAGUAUUUAGCGUUAUAUUCGCUGGCGGCAACACACUACACAAACGGUUUGGCCUGGCAGGAGCAGGAAGGAUGAUUGAAAAGCUCAGUGUGACUUCCGAUAGACUCCUGUCACACCGGCAGCUCGCAUGUUGUCAGUCUUACUGUGGCAUCCCACUGCAUGGCAAGGAUAUGCUGAUUUACAGCAAUGUGGACAUAGAACAGAAGCCCCUGCUGCUAACUGGGCACCAUGGUGAGAUCAGUGCCAUGACUUUUGGAAAAGGAAGCGGACCUGUUCUCCUCUGCUCUGCCUCUGCUGAUUACAUCAUUGUCUGGGAUAUUGAACUGUGCCAGAGGAGAACACAGGAAGGUAAAAUCGCAGCUGGAACGGUUAUUGGGACUUUACUGGGUGAAGUCGUUUAUCUUUCAUUCUGUUUCUCUGAUGAACGAUUGGCUGCAUGCUCAGGAGCAACUGUAUAUAUUCUCAACUCAAAGAGACAAGAAGUGAUCUCUACCCUGACUAGCCACCUCGGACCUUUAACAUCAGCAGAGUUCUGUCCCUGGAAUAAAGACAUUCUUGUCACCACAUCAGAGGACCGCACUUUUAAGGUGUGGGAUUUAAAAACUGAAGCUGCUUGCUACCAGUCUUUUGUGCUUUCAGCCACUCCACUGCUUUGUGUGUUCUUCUUGGAGGAGAACAGACACCUUAUCACCGGCUCAACUGAUGGACAGGUGUGGUGCUUUUCUCUCCCUGAUGACAGCAAGUGUCACCUGGUGACCAAAAUGGACCUUCAGAAGAUGGAAAAAAGACAUCAAAUGCAUAAUGGGAUUGGGAGCCGUCAAGCAGAGGCUGCACAACAAUCAGCUGUAGAUAACGUGGAGACUUCAAAACCUGUCCUCAAAAUGGCUUUCUGUAGCUCAUGCACUGACACUAGCAAUGAGCAUGAAAAGGACAAGAGCUGGUUAUGUAUCGGAAGCUCUGAUGGCCUGUAUAUAGUGGAUCUGGCUGCCUCAGAACUCCUAACAGCACUAUAUUUCAAAGAUUACCCCAAGCUGAGCAUCACAAUGGCCGGGUCGUGGUCAAUCUCUCCAGCGUGGGAUAACUCUAUGGUGUUUUUAGUGAGCUCUUUGUUCACUCCAUGUGUGGCCCUUUUGGAGUUACGUCUGUGUGAACUAGGGAGGAUCUGGGUUUGUGGUGAAGGCUUUUCAGUGUUCCCGAGUUCUCCUCUGCUGCCUGAAUCUCCUCUGAAUGUUGAGUUAAAGAAGAAGGAGCCCAACCAUCCUAAAAAGAAAGGAGGAAUAAAGGAGCAGCCUCUGGUUUUCCACACAAAUGUGAAAUCUUCUGGAUAUACCACUGCCCCAAGGACUGUGUUUUCACCUAAAACAAAUAUUCAGAAGAACCCUCCUUCUAAAAAGGCUAACAGAGACAAAGGUUUACUCCUCAGAGAUUAUCCAGCAGACAGUGCAGCACCGACUGUUCCACACAUUCAUCUAAGAACUGGCAAGAAACCAGUCUACUGCCUUCAGUUUUCGGGUGACGGAAAACAAAUCCUUUGUGGUCUUGGCGACAGCUCAGUGUUAUUGUAUACGUCCUCUCUUACUGGCGAUCCAACUGCCUACACAGGGCACGACAAACCAGUGAGCAGUGUGAGCUGGAGCCUCAACAGACAGUGGUGGCUUAGUGUGUCAGAAGACCAGUCACUACGAGUCUGGACUCAUGGCAGCCCAGAGUCUGCCAUUAUCAUGGGGAACAGUAUGUUCUGCAAACCCAUCAGAGGUGCUCAGUUUUAUUACCUCGACAAAUUUCUGCUUCUGGCAUCUGGGCCUUCUCUACGCUUGUACCUGUAUAACGUGGACGUCACACGUGACAACAUCAAAAGAUAUCAGCAACGAAGUGUCGUCAAAUUGGCAAGAUGCUUUACGACGGCUACAGCAACAGACAUCACCGCCUUGUCUGCAAUCAAUGAUUUCUUCUCUUACAUCGUUCUGGUGUGCGGUUCAGAUCGAUCUAUUCAACUAUUUGACAUGAACAAGGGCACAAUUGCCUCAGAGCUGCCUGAUGCCCACAGCAGAGUCGUCCACUGUAUUACACAGAACAAGGGCUCCAUUUUUAGUACACAAGCGCCGGAUUCGUACAACCUCUUCCUCACCAGUGCAGUCACGGAUGGCGUAAAGAUUUGGGACCUUCGUACACUUAGGUGUGUGCGACGUUAUGAGAACCAUCUAAAUCGCUGCCAUCCAUGCUCAUCAGCCAUCUCACCGUGCGGCAGGUUUAUUGCCUCGGGCUCUGAGGAUAACUGUGCCUAUGUGUAUGACAUCCGUAGCAGCAGCUACCUCUACAAACUCCAAAAACACUCAGACACUGUGCUCAGUGUGGCUUUCAACCCUGCCACACCAGAGCUGCUGACUGGGACCCUGGAUGGGAAUCUGAGACAGUUUCAGUCCAGCAGUGGGGCCCCGUCUGUCUCUUGACACCGGUGCUGCUGUGCAUAGCGUCGCCAACAUGACGGCGUAAUUACAGCAGGCUGCUGCAAAGAGCAUGCAGGUUUUAUUAAAGCAGUUCCACCCCCCUGGCUAGGAUUUUACUGGGAAAGGAGAACGAAAGGGUUUUGUUUUUAGUUGUUGAUUAUAUAAAGAUCAAAAAUAGAUACAAGUUUAAAGAGGUUUUGUUUUACUUGUUAUAUGUGUUCUUCUACUUCUGUGCUUCAAAUUGUCGAAAUGAGUCACCCAUUCCAGCGCUCAUCUUUGUUGAACUUCCAGCAUGUACAUCAUCAGCUUUUCUUUUAACUGAGAUUCAGUCAGCUACAUUAUGGUGAUGCAAAAUAUACUCAAUUACAGAUAAUUACAGCUGAACGUGCCAAAAACAAUUUUAUCAGUAGUUAUUCCCAUCCAUUUGUCCACAUUUUGGACGGUCAAGCAUCAGAUUUUUUUGGUUCAGUAUGUGGAACAGAUGUUCUUCUAUAUCACAGGCUGUGUGACCACUACUUAACAGAUCAGCACACAUAGCUAUGACAUCAACUGGGUGCAACCUCUUUGGCUGCCAGACACACAGAUGCUACUACUGUUCAUACUGACACACCCGUCCGCAUUGUUUGAGCUGUACAUUUACUCUUCUGUACCUCAGUCACAACAAAAUGUCAGCUACACUCGACUGUACUAGAACACAAUAAGAAAGUAGGAGAUUUAAAAGGGCUACAUCGCUGCUAAAGGUUCAUGGUGAAGAAAUUGGUACAUCUUGGUUAGAUGUCUGUGGAAAUUCUUUGUUGUAAAGUUUUGUCUGUUUUCUACAUGGUAUGUGUAUGUUACUGGAUGUAAGAUGUUCUACUUUAUGACCACUUUUUUUCUGAUUUUUAAUAGUUAGGCCUAUAGUAGGAACUAUUAUAUAUACUACAAUGUAUUGUAUACAAUGAAACUUAAACAAAACAAAAAAAUAUAUAUAUAUCAUGUAUUCAAGACUUUUUGCAUGCAAUAUGACUUUUACCAUGGUUGUGAGCUUCCUCUCAAUGUCAUCAUGUCAUCUAUAAUAGUUUUGUAUUAGGAUUUUUUAGGAUCGCUCCCUCUUGACACAAGACGACACUUUCACUGGUAUGAACUUCUUUUCAAAUGCAUUCAUUUAAUGAUUCAUAUCCAAAGAAAAUUCUUUGUUCAUUAUAGAGAUUAAAAGGGGUAGUAGUAUAUAAGUUUUACUUCUUCCUACCCCCCUUUCAAACAUAUAAAUAAAGUUUUCUUUUAUUGGCAAUCAUAUGUUAGUUGCUGUUGUUUUUGUGUUAAUUUGAAUGUAUGCUUAUU